CAAAGCAAGUGAUUGUCCAGCGAUCUCGGGAAGACGCAAAGCGAUUCAUCGGCCAGUGUUUCGAUUGGUUUGAUUGCGUGCAUUCUUGUAGAGCUUAGAUCUCUCCUCUCUCGUCGGUAGGGUUUGUUGUGUUCUGUUUUGCAGGAAAAUGGCCGCCCUGAUCAGCUCCAACGGCGGCAAAGAUCCGGCUGCAACGCCCGCAAAGAAGCUGCCACAGAUCGAUCGAUUCAUUCCGGAUCGCAGCGCCAUGAAUUUCGACGUCGCCAACAUGCUUGUUCUUGGAAAGGAGAAUUCGCAGCUCCAGCAGCAGCCGCUUCGAUCCGACUGCUCCCAGGAAGAGUACAAGAAGCAACUGGCCGAGAAUCUCUUGCGCGACGCCAAUAUUUUCCAGAAGAAGAGCCGGAUCCUCGCCUUCAAGAGCAAGCCGCCGCCGCCACCAGAGGGGUUUGAGAGAGAAUCGAGGCUGCUCUACUCCGAGAACACUGCUCCAGGCGCGUCCAAGCCCCGGAGGAUGUUUAGACAGAUCCCUCAGGCUCCCGAGAGAACUCUCGAUGCGCCAGAGAUUCUAGACGACUAUUAUCUCAACCUUUUGGACUGGGGAACGAACAACAUACUCGCUGUUGCUUUGGGACACACUGUCUAUCUCUGGAACGCUACCACCGGUGGUAUCGAAGAGCUCAUGCAAGUAAGCGAGGAUGAUGGUCCCGUCACCAGCGUUUCCUGGGCGCCGGAUGGCAAGCACAUCUCGGUCGGGUUAAACAAUGCGGACGUUCAACUCUGGGAUGCGUUUUCUCUACGCCAGGUGAGAUCUCUCAAGGCUCAUACCGCCCGAGUUGGAAGUCUUGCUUGGAACGGACCCAUCCUCAGCACCGGCGGUCGCGACAACGUCAUCUUCAACCACGACGUGAGGAUUCGCGAGCAUGUCACUGGCAAGAUGGCGGCACACCAGCAGGAGGUUUGCGGUCUUAAGUGGUCACCCUCCGGACAGCAGCUAGCGAGCGGUGGCAACGACAACCUUCUCUACGUCUGGGAUGCCGCCGCGGCCGCCUCACGAGGAAACAGCACUUAUCUCCACCGUCUCGACGAGCAUCAGGCAGCGGUGAAAGCGCUGGCGUGGUGUCCCUUCCAGAGCAAUCUCUUGGCUUCCGGAGGAGGUACCGCGGACCGGUGCAUCAAGUUCUGGAACACGCACACUGGAGCUUGCAUCCAAAGCGUGGACACGGCCUCUCAGGUGUGCGCAUUGCAGUGGAGCAAGCACGAGAGGGAGCUUCUGAGCUCUCACGGCUUCAGCCAGAACCAGCUCAUUCUCUGGAAGUACCCGUCGAUGGUGAAGAUGGCGGAGCUGACCGGGCACACCUCGAGGGUCCUGCAUAUGGCACAGAGUCCCGAUGGUUAUACUGUGGCAUCGGCCGCUGGCGACGAGACUUUGCGCUUCUGGCAGGUGUUCGGGACACCCGACACAACAAAGGCAACAGCAGUCAGGACGAAAGCCUCAUCCAGUGCGCUAAACAGCCGCUGCAUUCGGUAACUCUUGAUUGAUUUCUUUUUUCUUUUUAGUUUUUGUGCAUGCGGUCCAUGCUCUGGCGCGGUAAGGCCCAGAUCAUGGGCCAAAAUAAAGCGGCGCUGGCCGCCGGGUACUAACAGCCGUGUGCAAGUGUUUGCUUUGCAGGUUGAAGGAGUUCCACCCUCCCAGGCCCCCCCCACAAUCACAGGUCCCAAGUUUUCGUUCAGAGCUCUUUUUUACUUUCUUUGAGUUUCAUCCUGUUAAGAUCUUGUCUUGCCUCUUGGCAGGGAUGGCUAUGGCAAUUCUGGAAAAAGUGCUCGUCGAUCCUGGUAGCUCGCUUUCGAAGAAGGAGAUUCACGGGGAGAAUUCUCACAGAUACGCUCCCUCCAACAAAAGCUCAAGAAGGAAAGAAGGACGCGAUCAAGGGCGAAGUGUUUAACACUCUGAGAAAUACUCGCUUUGAAAAGAAAAUAAUUUGUUUUCUUUCAUACAUUUUGUCCUUUUCAUUGAAUUUCAAAGCACGUAAAACUUUCACUUUUUAA